AGCAGCAUCCACCCCGCGGCCGGCGGGAGCUAGCGAGGCCCCGUAAGGCUACGAAGUGCGCCGGCCGCUCGGUGUCUAGCGCGGGCCCCCUUCCUUCUUCUCUUCCUUCUUCCUUUGGCCGCCUACCCUUAAGUUCAGACUUGCUUUUGGGCCUACGCGAAGCCUAGGGAGGGGGUUGGGAGCAGCUGCGCCCCCCUCCCCGUGGCCGACACCCCCUGCUUUUUCCGGCUCUGCUUGCGGCCGCGUGCGCCUGGGCCGUGCGCCCCGGAGGCCCCAGCCAUGUCGAUGCUGCCGUCGUUUGGUUUCACGCAGGAGCAAGUGGCGUGCGUGUGCGAAGUCCUGCAGCAAGGCGGGAACUUGGAGCGCCUGGGCAGGUUCUUGUGGUCGCUGCCCGCCUGCGACCACCUGCACAAGAACGAGAGCGUGCUCAAGGCCAAGGCAGUGGUCGCCUUCCACCGCGGCAACUUCCGCGAGCUCUACAAGAUCCUGGAGAGCCACCAGUUCUCGCCUCACAACCACCCCAAACUACAGCAACUGUGGCUGAAAGCGCACUACGUGGAGGCCGAGAAGCUUCGCGGCCGACCCCUGGGUGCCGUGGGCAAAUAUCGGGUGCGCCGAAAAUUCCCGCUCCCGCGCACCAUCUGGGACGGAGAAGAGACCAGCUACUGCUUCAAGGAGAAGUCGCGGGGCGUGCUGCGGGAAUGGUACGCGCACAACCCUUACCCCUCACCGCGGGAGAAGCGGGAGCUGGCCGAGGCCACCGGCCUCACCACCACCCAGGUCAGCAAUUGGUUUAAGAACCGGAGGCAAAGAGAUCGGGCCGCCGAGGCCAAGGAAAGGGAGAACACGGAAAACAAUAACUCCUCCUCCAACAAGCAGAAUCAACUCUCUCCUCUGGAAGGGGGCAAGCCACUUAUGUCCAGUUCAGAAGAAGAAUUCUCACCUCCCCAAAGUCCAGACCAGAACUCCGUCCUUCUGCUGCAAGGCAAUAUGGGCCACGCCAGAAGCUCAAACUAUUCUCUCCCCGGCCUCCCAGCCUCCCAGCCCAGCCACGGCCUACAGGCCCACCAGCACCAACUCCAGGACUCUCUCCUCGGCCCUCUCACCUCCAGUCUGGUGGACUUGGGUUCCUAAGUGGGAAGGGGCUUGGGCCUUCAAGGGAUGGCUGGAUCAACAACCAAACUGCAGUAACUAGGGACACUUGUAAAUAGAAAUCAGGAACAAUCCUGCAGCUUGUUUCUUGGGUUCUUUGCAUAUAAAGGAAUGGUGGACUUUCACAAAUAUCUUUUUCACAAUCAACAGUGGUUGGAAGCAUAGUCUCCCUUUUCUAACUCUCUCCACUUUUUCAUUUUCCCUUCUAGUGAAGAGAUCAGGGAAA